AUGGUGUACAAACGAGAAAAGCGAAGUCCUCCAGUGAUCAAGCUGAACUCUGUGUUGCUGUGGGAGGCUGAGAGGACUUUGCCUUUAGGAACGUCGUUCACCUUGACCUGUGAGGGGGACAGCACAGCCACCUGGUCUACCACAGCGUUCAAAAAGAGGAACACUAAACAGGGGAGUAUGAUUUCCACCAGGCACCUUACAGCAGACUACACUGGCACAUACAAGUGUGUGUAUGACAACCAACCAGACCUGUUCUCAGAGGUCCACAUCUAUGUGAAAGAUCCCAUUAAUGUUCUGGUAACCCCCCGCAACAUGAGAGAUGUUAAGGAGGGCGGGGAUCUUCUCCUCUGUCAGCUGACAGACCCCAGUGCCACAGACCUGUCCCUCCGUAUGGCCAACGGAGACCCAACACCCCCCGACAUGAACUACACUGUCAAUCCCAGGAGAGGGAUCCUCAUCAGACACCUUCUGACCAGCCACAGUGCAAACUACAUCUGCAGCGCAAAGAUCAAUGGGGUCACAACACGCUCCAAAGACAUCAACAUCAAUGUCGUUCAAAGGUUGCGUUGGCCACCGUCUGUGUUAAUUGAGGUAGAUGGGUAUGUUAGUAUUGUUGGAGAGGAGCUCCUCAUCCCCUGCAUCACCAGUAACCCUAACCACUUCUACAACAUCACCUGGAAACACUCCUCCCUCAAAGCAUUGAACUUCUUACAAAAAGUAAUGCAGGACAAGCAGGUCCACAUCACCAGUACUGUGACUAUCCCGGCUGUGACCAUGUCUGACACAGGAAACUUCACCUGUACAGCCAUGAAUGAGGCUGGGGCCAACAGAUCCACCACCUACCUGCAGGUCGUAGACGAGCCUUACAUUAGGUUCAUACCCCGCCUGUCACCCAAUCUAUACCAUAAUGGCUCCUUAGUCAAUGUGAAAGAAGGGGAGAACCUUGAGAUAAGCAUUCUGAUCGAGGCCUAUCCCCAAAUCAAGGAGCAUUGGUGGGACGUGCCCAUGUCUCACAGUCACAACAUCUCCACUCAUGGCGACACAUGGACCGCCCAAGACAAUUACAGGUACGAGAGCAGCCUGCUGCUACACAGAGUCAGGUCUGAGGAGAGGGGCCAGUACACCCUCCACACCAGGAGCACGCGCCUCGACAGCUCCAUCACCUUCAAUAUCCAAGUCUACCAGAAACCCAGUGCCAUGCUCAGACUGAAGAAUUCUACCACCCUGAUCUGCACCUCCUCUGGAUACCCAGCUCCCACAAUCCUCUGGUACCAGUGCCCAGGAAUACAAAGCACGUGUGAUGCGGACAAUGACACCGUGGAGGUGCAGCCUCUCUUCACCAGCACCAUGGAGGUGCAGAGUGAGCUGACCCUCAGUCCCUCAACUGAGGAGGUCACAGUGGAGUGUGUCACCUUUAACUUUGCUGGCAAAAAUCGGGUCACCUUCGUAUCGCAUGUUCUUGCUGCCACUCCAACAUUUGUAAUGUCCGAGCUGUUCACCCCCACUCUCAUUGGAGCCACCAGCACAGCAGCCCUUCUGUUCCUACUGCUUGUCAUCGUUCUGUACAAAUACAAGCAGAAACCCAAAUAUGAAGUCCGGUGGAAGAUCAUCGAGGCCAAUGAUGGGAAUAACUACACCUUUAUUGACCCUACACAACUUCCUUAUAACAAGAAGUGGGAGUUCCCUCGUGAUAAGCUGAGGCUUGGCCAGAUUCUGGGAGCAGGGGCUUUUGGGAAAGUUGUGGAGGCCACUGCCUAUGGUCUGGGGACCGAUGACAACAGGACCACCCGUGUGGCAGUAAAGAUGCUCAAGCCAAGCGCCCACUCAGAGGAGAGAGAAGCUCUGAUGUCAGAACUGAAGAUCCUCAGUCACCUGGGAUGUCAUGACAACAUUGUUAACCUGUUGGGGGCGUGUACUCAAGGAGGCCCAAUGCUGAUGAUCACAGAGUACUGUAGCCAUGGCGACCUGCUGAACUUCCUGCGUGGCAAGGCCAAGCUGUUCCUGGACUCCAUCCUGAGUGGACCAGGGGUUCCAGAGGUUCCAGGGGAUAGUGAUCACUACAAGAACACAUGUAGCCAGGAGUCUCGUGUCAGGAGUGACAGUGGGAUCUCCUGCUCCAGCUCAGACAACUACCAGGCCAUGCAUCCAGCGCAGAGGCCCAAAUACUGCCCUAUGGGUUCUUUAUGUGAGGAUCCAGAGACAGACACCUGGUCACUGGACAUAGAAGACUUGUUGAGGGUCUCCUAUCAGGUGGCUCAGGGAAUGGACUUCCUUGCAUCCAAAAAUUGCAUUCACAGGGACGUGGCCGCUAGGAACGUCCUAUUGACCGAUGGCCACGUGGCUAAGAUCUGCGACUUUGGGCUCGCUCGAGACAUCGAGAAUGACUCCAACUAUGUGGUGAAAGGAAAUGCCCGUCUGCCAGUGAAGUGGAUGGCCCCCGAGAGCAUCUUUGACUGUGUGUACACAGUGCAGAGUGAUGUCUGGUCCUAUGGGAUACUGCUGUGGGAGGUCUUCUCUCUGGGUAAGAGCCCAUACCCUAAUAUUGUGGUGGACACCCGGUUUUACAAGAUGAUCAAAGAUGGAUGCCACAUGUCACAGCCGGACUUUGCCCCUCCAGAGAUAUACACCAUCAUGAAGAUGUGUUGGAACAUGGAACCAACAGUGCGUCCAACCUUCAGUACCAUUGGCCAGCUUAUCCAGAGUCUACUGCCUGACCAGCCAGACCAGACCUACAGGAAUGUGCAGGACAAGACGCCACAGCAGGAGGCAGGAGAGCAGAGUGACCAAGCUAAGAUUAGUGAGGAUUGUGAUCAGACACUGAACCAUGAAGAAGAGGAAAAGCCCCUGAUGAGGAAUAACAACUACCAGUUCUGCUGAGAGCACAUCAGGCCAUCCUCCAUUACUAUACAUUCAUAGAUGACUGUCUGCCAGUCAUAGCCAAGAGUUGGAUGGACUAGACACACCAAAUUAUCCAAAUGUCUUGACUCUCAUUGUACAGAACAUGGUUUUAGUGUCAUAUAGUACCUUUUUUACGAAGUACAAAGUCAAGUUCCAGUAAGCAACAACAGUUUUAAAAGGAACUAAGCGUGUAUGCCUUCAACAUUUUAUGUACAGAAAAUGACCAUAAACCCAGACAUUAUUCUACGCAUUUAACUUUUAUAUUUACACAGAUCAAGAUAUUUUACAAACUCUGAUCGGACUGUGACAACUUAAUGCCAGUAGCGAUGCGUGGGUAAAAUCCCUAGGGAACCCGAGUCAGGGGAAAAAAAGCCAUAUUACAACCUGUGUGUUGUGAUAAUUGCAUUAUUUGCUCUAUAACCUGUUAGUUCAUAUGCCUUGACACCGUGAUAUAUAGGUCUAAGGCCGAGACAAUAAGAAGAUACAGUGGCAGAAUUAUUUCAACCACACCUUUGUUUCAUCACAAAACCAGAGAGCAACCGCUGUCCUCUGUUUGUGCAACUAGAAAAAAACAUCUCACCCUACUUGUAGAGAAACGCCAAUGCCAUCCUCCUCUCUUCCAUGUUGAGGAAACGGUCUAUGACUCUGUCAUACAGUA